AUGGCAGAUCGAUGUACCACGCCGGCCCCCCACGCGGAUCCGUGCACGCCCCGCAGCGGCGACUCAGCACCCGACUGCAGCCCGGCGUCUGUCCUGUCCCGCACGAAACAUGCGCCGGCGCCGUCUCGCACACACCGCGCGAUGGGCCAGCUACCCGUACAGGUAGCCGAGCCCGGCAGCACGCACCCCACCACCGCCAAGCUCUUCCACAUCUGCCCCUGGCUGCGUCACGUCCCGGUGCUGGGCAUUGCGUUGGAAGGCUUCGGCCCGAGCCUGUGCUUCGCCAUUGGGGCGGUGGACUUCAUGACGAAAGGCGUUGCCGAGAACACGAUCGCCCUCUCUCGCCAACCGACGAUGACGAAGCGCUACAUGAUUCACGGCACGCGCUACCAGCGCCUGGCCGGCAUCAUUGCCAUGGGCUCCUCGAUUAAGAUCGUCAUCGCUGUCGUUUCCGACACCGUCGCCCUCUUCGGCUACCGCAAGCGGUUGUACCAACUCGGGUCCUGCGUGAUGAGCUUCGCGUUCACCCUCGGCUACGCCCUCCUGCCCGCCACGCCGGCGUCGGCCGAUACCGCUGCCGCCUUCAUCUUCCUCUGCACCUUCUGA